AUGGCCAUGAGUGAACUGGGCACGCAGAAGGCUGGUGAAGGCACUGUCUCUCGCCUGCUCAAUGUGGUGGAAAGUGAGCUUCAGGCGGGGAGGGAGAAGGGAGAUCCGACGGAGAAGCAACUUCAGAUCAUUCUGGAGGAUGCCCCACUCUGGCAGAGAUUCAAGGAAGUCACUAAUGAAAUGAUCGUGACCAAGAAUGGCAGACGGAUGUUCCCUGUGCUGAAGAUUAGUGUCACAGGACUGGACCCCAAUGCCAUGUACUCCCUCCUGCUGGACUUUGUCCCCACAGACAGCCACCGCUGGAAGUACGUCAAUGGGGAAUGGGUACCCGCAGGCAAGCCAGAGGUCUCUAGCCACAGCUGUGUCUACAUUCACCCCGACUCCCCCAACUUUGGGGCUCACUGGAUGAAAGCCCCCAUCUCCUUCAGCAAAGUGAAGCUGACCAACAAGCUCAAUGGAGGCGGGCAGAUAAUGCUGAAUUCUCUGCAUAAAUAUGAGCCCCAGGUUCACAUAGUACGUGUUGGAGGUGCCCAUCGAAUGGUCAUGAACUGCUCCUUUCCUGAAACCCAGUUCAUUGCUGUGACUGCCUAUCAGAACGAGGAGAUAACAGCUCUCAAAAUUAAGUACAACCCUUUUGCCAAGGCCUUCUUGGAUGCCAAGGAAAGAAACCACCUAAAGGACAUUCCAGAGGCUGUCUCCGAGAGCCAGCAUGUGACCUAUUCUCACUUGGGAGGCUGGAUCUUUUCCAAUCCGGAUGGCAUGUGCGCAGCAGGGAACACCAGUUACCAGUAUGCUACGCCUUUGCCUCUGUCUGCUCCCCACACCCACCAUGGCUGUGAGCACUACCCUGGCCUCCGAGGACAUCGGCAGGCUCCCUACCCCUCUGCGUACAUGCAUAGAAACCAUUCUCCCUCAGUGAAUUUGAUAGAAAGCUCAAGCAAUAAUCUGCAAGUUUUCUCGGGACCUGACAGCUGGACUUCCUUAUCCUCCACACCCCAUGCCAGCAUCCUGUCUGUACCCCACACCAAUGGGCCAAUCAAUCCAGGACCCAGUCCCUAUCCAUGCCUGUGGACCAUCAGCGAUGGCGGUGGGGGCCCUGUGGCGUCAAGCUCAGAGGUGCACGUCAGCACCCCAGGGACAUUUCUCCUUGGGAACCCUGCUGUCACUUCACCUUCCUCUGUGCUCCCCACCCAAGCAACCACUUCAGCCAGUGUGGAGGUCCUGGGUGAGCCUUCACUGACCAGCAUUGCUGUAUCCACCUGGACAGCAGUGGCCUCACGUCCCUUCCCAGGCUGGGGUGGCCCCGGGGGAGGAGGGCGCCAUUCCCCCUCUUCAUUGGAUAGUUAGGCAGAUUCCUAGGAGCCUCUGUCAGCAGAGAACUGUCUCUGUGUAGGUCCAUAGCAGCUGCAUCUGCUAAUUCUAGUGAGUUGGGCUGCAGAGUCUCUUCACCCAGAGGGCUGGAGGGCUGCAUGGUAAUGCAAAAAGGCCUUCCAAAAAGUGGCCUAGCUUGGGUGAUGCAGAUUUUACUACUUGCAUCUCCAUUUCCUGUGGCUCCCUUGCUAUCUUCGAACUUACCCCUGCCAUGCUUAGAUUGCAAAGUCGGCUUUGUCCUUUGUGCCCUGCCCCUUGCUUCCUUUUCUCUGGAGGUGGUACAGGAUUGUGAGGAAACAUUUACCUAGUGAGGUGGCUGCCUCUUAGCUUGGGGCAGCCUUGGAAAGCACCUGUGGCCAUCAGUUCUGAGCUAGCUUCGGCUUUGAGACCCUGAGAUGUGAGUCUAUAAAGCGAUCCACAGGAAGCUAAUGUUAAAGUCAAUCCCGUGUUGUUCGAAGAAGCGUGUCUGGAGUUGAGGAAGUGAGGUUGACUCCUCCACUAGCUCACAAUCAGUGGCUCCCCAUUUCCUUCAGAAUGAGACUUCAGAUGAUGCCAUAUUCUAAGGACAGCCUCCAGCAUUCGGCCUUCCUCUAUAUCUCCAAUGUCAACUCCUUCCGUUAACCUUUUAGCACCAGUCAAGCUGGCGACUUUCCCUCCUUUGAACACUGCUGCACUUGCUCUCCUCCUUGCCUAAAGUAACUCCCUCCAGUCCUGCCUGUGUGAAUUGUACCUACUUGGCCAGGAUUGGUUGAAAGGCCACUCCAGCGUCAAUCACCUGAGGUGAUGUUUGCCCUUCUCUGUCCCCGCUUUCCCACCAUCUUUACCUCAGGCACAGAGCUCACCACAUUCCGCCUUAUAUUUCUGUAAGUGUAUUUGCUUUCCUCAUGAUUGUAAGCCUCCUGAGGGUAAGACCCAGCC